GUUGCCAAGAUGACGGAAAUGGCGUCGGUUGCUCAGGUUCUCCGCUCGCGGUUUCGCGGUUGUCUUGCGGCCGCCGUGGCCGGGGACUGCAUCGGUGCCGAGUUUGAAGGUUGCGUGCCGGUACCAGUCGAUAAGGUACUGGGAUAUGUGGACCAUGUCAACAAGCAGAGAGGAAGGGAGGUGAAAUUUACGGAUGACACGGCCAUGGCAAGGUCUGUGGCGAGGUCUCUCAUCGAGUGCAAGGGCUUUGAUGCUCGUGACAUGGCCACCAGGUUCGCUAAGGAGUAUAAGAGGGAGCCUGGGCGCGGCUACGGAGGAAGUGUCAUCACUGUCUUCUACAGGCUCCUUGAAGAAGGCCUUCAAGACGUCUUUGAGCCGGCACGGCAACAGUUUGAUGGGAGAGGGUCUUAUGGUAACGGUGGGGCUAUGAGGGUUGCACCAGUGGCAUUGUAUGCUUAUGGUGAUGUGGAGAAAGUUACGGAUAUAGCCAAGCAGACUGCUAUGAUUACACAUUAUAAUAGGGAAGGGUAUAACGGAGCAAUCCUGGAGGCAUUAGCUGUUCAUUUGGCUUUGCAGCAGGGUAAAGAUGAAGACUUAAAUGUGGUUCAGUUUGUAGAUGCAUUGCUUCAGAAGAUGAAGAUAGUUGAGGGAGGUGAAGCAGGUAGCAGCCAAUCAGAAGAGCCAGAAGUUGGCCAAUCAGAGGACAGCAGAACUGGCCAAUCAGAGGACACUGAUGGUGACCAAUCAGAAGAGGAGAAAGGGAGUAAAGAAGCAGCUUCCUCAAAAGAGGCAGACCAGCCCUACUGUGCAAAACUGGAAAUAAUGAGGGAGUUUCUACAAAGGGGAAACGUCUCAAGGAUAGAAGUUGAAGACCAGCUUGGAAAUGACAUUAAAGCCCUGGAUUCUGUUCCGGCGGCCAUUUUCUCCUUCCUUCACUGCACACGCUCUGUUGAUGACAUCCCAACAGACAAUGCUCUGGAGCGUACCAUCAUCUAUGCCAUCUCACUAGGGGGGGACACAGAUACCAUAGCGACCAUGGCAGGCGCCAUAGCUGGUGCGUAUUAUGGGAUAGAGCAUGUACCACCCCCGUGGAUGAAGGCAUGUGAGGGAGCAAACGAUGCGGUCAGGUUUGCUGACCAGUUGUUUUGCCUAGCAACAGGAGAAACAAUAGAAAAGGACCCUGGGGAUGAGGACAAUGAAGAGGGCCAGAAUAAGGGGGAUGAAGGAAAACCCAGUGCUACUGACUAGUACCAGAAAGUUGUCACAAAGUUUACUUGAUCUCUGCUGUGCAGAUUUAGUUUUUAUUAUCCAUGAAAUUAUGCAUGAAAAGUUUGAUCAAGAUAAGAACUAUCAAUACAAUGAGUUUGUAGGAAAACUAAUACCAUAAUCUAUCUGAAACAUUAGUUAUACAUGUAUUAAGGUUUACUCCUUGGUUAUAUUCUGAAAAUUACAGGAUGUUAUUAAUGUUUGUUUAUGGUAUACAAAAAAAAUGUAAUGAGAUUGUUGUUGCCCCUAUUGCUAAUUCAUUGACAUAUAUGUAUAACAGCUGCAGGUUACUAAAAAUGUGAUGUAAAACUGUAAAGUUACCAAACAGUACUGGUUAUUUUCAUCUCUCUUUUAGAACUUUGCAAGGGAAAUUUUAUUACAAGAUAAAAUCUUUGAUUUGGGAGUGCGUAGUGCCAAAUUGUUGAAAGGAAGCCAGAGUCUGACAUUAGAUACGUACCUACAAAUGGUUUAUUAUUUUUGCUUUUGUUAAUGCAUUUCUCUCCAUGGAGGCUCCAAUAGUCUGUAUUUGUUUUGUGUUUGAUUACUAAUAUUGCACACAGUGAAUUUUGAAAUUUUCAGUGUUUUUAAGUUUGCUUGUCACACUUUGAAUUUAUAUGCUUUGUGUUGCUGAACUCUUUAUUUUUUAUGUAAAAUUUAAGUGCAGCAAACAUAAGUUCAUUUAAUUAUGAUACAGGAAUCCCUAUCAGACAUUGAGCAACUGCUAUGGCAUGUAGGUUGUUUUGAAUGCUAAUGAAUUUUGAGACCACUACCAUGUGUUUGCCCAUUUGCCAGGAGGCUGAUCCUUGCCAUACUUUCGCUGGUCACUUUGCCAAUGGCUCAGCAGGGGGCUUAAACCCUGACCAAAUGGUUU